UCAACUCGGUUCAAGUUAAGUUGAGGAGGAAAACGGGACCGAGGAGCGCAUUUUUGUUGAACCGCCCAUCGAAAUUCAAAUUUCAUUUCAUCACGCUCUUCCGUCCGUAAACCCUAACACCACCACCAGCUUCAAUCGAAGCGAUUCCUUCUCCGAAGCCUCACAUGGCUUCCCGCAUCGAGAACAGGCCUCCUCGCAUCCUCUCCAAUAAAAAGGGGGCCACUGAAGAAGUUUUCUCCGACAAGCGUAGAAGGAUUGGGUCGGAGAGAAUGGAGAGACAGGGAGGCCGAGGCAGGGCUCCCUUGGGUGCUCUAAAGGCAGACGCUAAUAAUGAUGGUGCCAGUGCCGAGGGCUCCGAGUGCAGCACCGUUGACUUCACCAAAGAGGAAGUAGAGGCGUUGCUGAAUGAGAAGAUGAACACGAAGGAGAAUCGCUAUGAUAAUAAGAAAAAAAUGGACCAGAUGGGUGAUCUCAUUAAACGGCUUAAACUCUGCCUUCGAUGGUUUAAGAGAGUCGAAGAAGGCUAUAUCCAAGAGAAAGAGAAGCUUCAGACUGACCUAGAAUCUGCUGAGAAGAAAUGUCUGGAUAUUGAGAAUGAGAUGAAGAUUAAGAUUGCAGAGUUGGAUGAGACUAUAUCUAAUUUGAGGGCGACAAUUUCCUCUUUAGAAGAGAGAAUUGCAAAGGAAGAGUCGGAUAAAUUGGAAGCUAUUGCUCGUUAUAGAAAAGAACAGGAAGCCAGAAGUGCAGCUGAGCAGAUGCAAGCUUCUGUUUCAACUGAGCUUGAGAGAGUUCGGGAAGAGAAAUCAAUUGCUGAGAAGAAGGCCAUUUCAAAUGAGGAUUUGUACAAAAGAUCACAAGAGUAUAAUAUGAGUCUGCAACAGUACAAUAGUCGCCUUCAGUCGGAUCUUGAAAUAACUAAUGGGGCACAUAAACGACUGGAGAUGGAGAAAGCAACCAUUGUUGAGAACCUUAGCAAUGUGAGAGGCCACAACAAGGCAUUGCAGGACCAGUUGGCAUCUCUUAAAGCUUCACAGGAUGAGGCUGCAAAGCAGAAAGAAAUGUUAACAAAUGAACUCAAAUUCCUUCGGGAAGAAUUGAAACAAAUUAGAGAUGAUCGAGAUCGCCAACAGCUACAAGUACAAACUUUGACUGGAGAAGUAGAAAAAUACAAAGAAUAUACAGGGAAAUCAUGUGCGCAGUUGGAUACCUUGACAAUUAAAACAAAUGCUCUUGAGGGGACAUGUUCUUCCCAAAGGGACCAAAUAAAUAUGCUGCAACAGCAGUUGAUUGCUGAAAAGGAGAAGUCAAAGAUGGCUGAUUUAUCUGCUUCAGAAACUAGAACAGUGUUUGAAGAUCAGAAAAGAAUUAUACGUGAACUCCAGGAACGACUGGCAGAGAAAGAAUUCCAAGUAAUUGAAGGGGAGAAGUUAAGGAAAAAAUUGCAUAACACUAUCCUGGAGCUAAAAGGAAAUAUUCGCGUGUUCUGCCGUGUCCGACCUUUGCUACCGGAUGAUGGUCCUGGAACAGAUAUGGUUGUUUCAUAUCCCACGUCAACCGAAGCUCUUGGCCGGGGUAUUGAAUUACUACAGAGCGGGCAGAAGUACCCUUUUACAUUUGACAAGGUAUUUAAUCACGAGGCUUCUCAGCAAGAUGUUUUCACUGAGAUAUCGCAGCUGGUACAAAGUGCGCUUGAUGGGUACAAGGUCUGUAUCUUUGCUUAUGGACAGACAGGCUCAGGCAAAACCUAUACAAUGAUGGGUAGGCCGGAUGCCCCCGAUCUGAAGGGGUUGAUACCACGUUCUCUAGAACAGAUAUUCGAGAUUAGUCAGUCCUUGAAGGAUCAAGGAUGGACCUUCAAAAUGCAGGCUUCAGUAUUGGAAAUAUAUAAUGAGACCAUCAGAGAUUUGUUAUCAUCAAAUCGGUCAAGUGGUAUUGACUCAACACGUACAGAAAACGGUGUUCCUGUUUCUGGAAAGCAGCCAUACACUAUUAUGCACGAUGCCAAUGGAAACACACAUGUUUCAGACCUCACUAUAAGGAAUGUUUCUAGUGCAAGUGAGAUUUCAUCCCUUCUGCAACAGGCAGCACAAAGCAGGUCUGUAGGAAGAACACACAUGAAUGAGCAGUCGUCACGAAGUCACUUUGUCUUUACUUUGCGUAUAUCUGGGACUAAUGAGAACACUGACCAACAAGUGCAAGGUGUGUUAAACCUGAUUGAUUUGGCUGGAAGUGAAAGACUGUCGAGGAGUGGAGCAACCGGGGACCGGUUGAAGGAAACUCAGGCUAUCAACAAAAGUCUCUCCUCUUUGAGUGAUGUCAUAUUUGCUUUGGCAAAGAAACAAGAGCAUGUACCCUUUAGGAAUUCAAAAUUGACAUACCUUCUCCAGCCAUGUCUUGGUGGGGAUUCCAAAACUUUGAUGUUUGUGAACAUCUCACCUGAUCCAUCUUCAACUGGAGAGUCACUUUGCUCUCUUCGAUUUGCCGCUGGAGUGAAUGCCUGCGAGAUUGGUAUUCCGCGGCGUCAGACAUCCACACGGUCCUUUGAUUCUCGUUUGAGCAACGGCUAAAAGAGAGGCCACACUCAUUAUCCAUAACCAAAAUAACUGUCAUUUGUAAUGCUUUGGAUGGGAUAAAAGUGUUGUCUUUGACCCAUGUAACUGUUAACUUUUAGAGAAUUGAGCUUGUAUAAAUUGAUUGUAGGAGGGGCUAGGCUUUAGCCUCAGUGGUGCAACUAUCAUUUAGUUGUGACAUCGUUAUAUUCAAUUUAUUGAAACAGCUUGUUGAUUGUAAUUUCUAUGUAAAACUUAACCAUUUGAUUAUUCUUGCAACUUCACCCCGGGUGUCACAUUAUUUUGGGGUCUUCAA